UUACCCAAUAUAUCUGAACCUAGUUCACUUUAUUCUUCCUAGAACGCUUCCAAUUGGCCAAGAAAAACGUGGCAGGGACUAUUUACACCUCAACACCCAUCAGCUACUGCUUUUCUUAACAUUCCAUCAGAACUGGUUUUGCUUCUUCUAUUGAUCUGCAAACUGUGAAUAAUUAUGGAUAACACAGAUGAAUAUUUGCUUAACUUUAAAGGAUAUAAUUUUGAGAAAUUGAUUACAGAUGUUGAACAUUUAGAAAUGAUGGAAGAUUUUGAAAUUAGAGAUGAUGAUGUCUUCAUAGUAACCUAUCCAAAAUCUGGCACCAUCUGGACCCAGCAGAUUCUCAGCCUGAUUUAUUUUGAUGGCCACCGGAAUAGUACUGAAAACAUUGAAACAAUGGACAGAGUACCAUUCUUUGAGUACAAUAUACAUAAUUUAGACUAUGUCAAUAUGCCGUCACCUCGCAUCUUCGCUUCCCACCUUCCAUAUUAUUUAGUGCCAAAAGGUCUCAAGAAUAAACAGACUAAAAUUCUUUAUAUUUAUAGAAAUCCCAAAGAUGUUUUGAUCUCAUUUUAUCAUUUCUCAAAUUGGGUGUCUACUCUAGAAGCUACAGACACCAUAGAACAUUAUCUGGAAAAAUUUCUAGAUGGAAAAGUUGUAGGAAGCCGUUGGUUUGAUCACAUUAGAGGCUGGUAUGAACACAGACAUGAUUUCAAUAUAAUGUUCCUGAGCUACGAAGAUAUGAAAAAGGACCUCAGGGGCUCAGUGCUUAAAAUCUGCAGUUUUCUCGAGAAAAAACUGAGUGAAGAAGAUGUGGAUGCUGUUGUGAGACAAGCAACGUUUCAGAACAUGAAAUCUGAUCCACGAGCAAAUUAUGGUAAUAUUAUAAACAAGGAAAUUGGGGCAAGAAGCAAUGGCUAUUUCCUGCGCAAAGGUACCAUUGGAGACUGGAAGCAUCAUCUGACAGUGAAGCAGAAUGAAAGAUUUGACAUGAUAUUCAAGAAGAACAUGAAAAACUUUCCCUUGAAGUUUGUCUGGGAUAUGGAUGAAGACUAGAGUUUCAAUGUUAGUAUAAAAUAAACAUAAAAAUCCAGUAAGCAAAAGGCUUACUUUUCUUUCAAUUAAUAUGUUUCUGUAUCUUAAUCAUCAAAUGUCAAACCUUAUUAAGGAACAAAAUGACCAAACUAUAACUGGAUGAAUUGCAAUGAGUUUAAUGAAUGAUUUUAAAUUUCAAAAUUAAAUUAGUUUGGGUCCUAGUUAGCAUUCGUGUUGUGCACUAAAGAAUAAAAAAAUGGUGCUUUGUAAUGUAUAAAAAUCUUUACAAAGAAUUAUCUGUAGUGGACAUUUUUGUUUCAUAUUUUAUGAUUAAAUUUUUAAUUAAGAACUGUGGAGGAAUGGCUCAGUGGUUAAGAGCAUAGACUGCUUUUCCAGAGACCUCGAGUUCAAUUCUCAGAACUGACAUGCCAGCUCACAGUUGUUUAUAAUUCCAGUCUACGUGAUCACACAUGCAUAUACAGACAUGAAUGCAACCAAACAUGAAUGGAAAUAAGAUUUAGAAAACAUAGUUUGUAUCAAGAAACAUCUUCUUGCUCACACAAUAAAUCUUCAACUUUUGCUGACUCAAAAAGAAGCUGGGGGGGAAUAUUAGAAAUUUUAAUUUGGAAAAUUGUAACCAAGAAUUGGAAAAAAUAUCAGAACUGACAAGAACCAGAAAAGAGGGAAGAAGAUAUUUUUCCCUACUCAAUAAAGUCUAAACAUUUUGUUGAUUA